AUGAAAUAGGUUCCUAUUGUAUAUUUUUUUCAGAAUGAACCAAAAACAUAAUAUAUGUUCUUUUUUUAAGGAGAGGAAGUAUAAAAAUGAUAUAAUUUAUAUUUUAGCUUGUUGUUAAAAAUAUAUUAUAGUAAUUCCCUUUUAAAAUUACUAGUCACCAUAUUAGAUUUAAAAUAUUUGUUUAAGACAUUGAACCUAAAACGUAAUUGAUUAAAUUCAUUAUUAGACAUGCUUGGUUUGAUAUCUCUAAUCCAAAUGCUAAAGUGCCCGUUGUUAAUGAUACUGUUUAUGUUAAAAUAUUGACUCUCUAAGAUCUUUCAUAUAGCAGAAUAGCUAAAAAAAUGGUUGAAAGUGUACAUUAAGAAUAAAAAGUAGGAGAUUUAAGAGUCAUCAAAAACACUAUUCAAUCAUCACCAUAAACUCAAAAUAAUAAGGUAUAAUAAUAAUAAUCCAAUUAAUCACCAAAAUUGUAAUAGUAAUAAAAUUAAAAACAAACUCUACAACCUGUUACACAAUAAGGUGGUGAGAGAUAUAGCAAUAGAUAAUUGAGUAAUUAAUCUAAUGGGACUAGUCAAAGUGGUGAUCUUUUAGAAGCAUUUGAGAAAUUAGAUUUCAAACCAAAUACUCAUCAUACUUAAUCAUAACCAAUAAGUUAAGCAGAUUUAGAUAUAAACAAUUAAAAUAAUACUAAUUUUUAGAAUUUUAAUCAUUUUUAACCAACCAUUAUAUAAAAUGAUAAAGAUUCUUUUCAAUUUCCUAUAUUGAAUCCUUAAUCUGAAUCUAAUGAUAACUAAUUUACAUAAUUCUAACCUAAAUAACAAUAAUAAUAAUAAUAACCAAAAAAGGGAGGUAACCUAUUUGAAUUUGAUGUUCCUAUAGAAAAAUAACCUAAUCCUUAAAAUGAAUAAUCUCAAAGGAGAGAUGGAGAAGAUUUAUUUUAAUUUGAUGCUCCAAAUCAAUAAAAAUAAUAAUAAUAAUAGAUUGAUUAAUAUGAAGGGCUAACAGAUAAAUAAAUUGUUAAUCUUAGAGUAGAAUAAGCAGCAGAGGGUCUUCAGAAAAUUUGGUAGGAUGAAGCAGAUUAUAAUGUUUAGAGAUAACUGGCUAAAGAUGAAGUAGAACCAAAAAUAUUAAAAUGGGCUUUUAAAAAUGAUGUAAGAAAUAAUUUAAGAUUGUUACUUACUACAUUGAAUGAUGUUUUAUGGGAAGGAACAGGUUGGCAAUGUUCAAUAGGGGAUUUGAUGACUGAUGGAAAAGUUAAAGUAUUUAAUAUUUAUAAAUGUUAUAGUUAAAAUAUCGUUAAGCUUUAUUAAUUGUUCAUCCAGAUAAGCAUAACUAGACUCCUCCAUUAUAGAGAUAUAUUGCUGAAAGAGUAUUUUACGAACUUAAUUAAGCUUGGAAUGAUGAUAAAAAUAGAAGUUGAC